AAAAAAUACUUACUAGAACUAGAAGAAGAGAAGUCGUUGUCGCCUACCACGUCCUGUAAAAAGUAUCUAUAAGUACAAGAGUCGGGAGGAGUGGAAUUCGUGAAGAUGGCUCUUCACGAUGAAGGAAUAUAUCGCGGAUACAACGGGCAAAUAGGUGGGACCCAUGGCACAAAUAACGGGCCAGCACAGGGAAGAGGUAUUCUAUAAUUAGCAUUUUGAAAUUGGUUUAGUCCACAUUUUUCUUUUUUAGGUGGUGUCGAUAUUCUCGUCAUCUUGUUGGAUAUGGAUGCAUCUUUUGAGCAUCUAAUCAGGCACGACUGUUGUGACACGGCGAGUAGAAGCCCACUUGAGGGGCAGCCGAAGUCGCCCAUUGAAUCGAAUCUAAUAGAAAAUUCAAACUCAUCAAAUCCAAUGUACAGCAGGUAGAGCAACCGGGCAAAAGUUUGGAGCAGCACCUGGUUUCAGUUCUCCUGGGAUGCCUCUGCAACACGAGCAGCAACAGCCUCAUACCGCGUAUGGACAUGGAGUUGGAGGCGCGUUACCUCUGCUGACUAUGUCUGGAGGAGCGGUUACUACACUUCCAGGACUGAACAAGAUGCCAGCUGCAGGCAGUAAUACCUCUUCCUCAGCACCAGGUGGUCUUGGAGGUGCAGCUGCAGGAAAUAAUACUUUAUUUGCUAAUGGAGGAGGAGGAUCUUCAUUACCGCAACAUGCCCAUCAACCUCAACCUCCGGUACAUCUGUCGCUACAUCAGCAGCUUCUUCAUUCAGGUGGUCUUGGAGGGCCAAACUUCAACGUGACUGGAGGCCCUUCGUCGCCUGCGUCGUCUACAGCAUCCUCGCGAUCCCGUGGAGGACAGCACAAUAAUAGCAGCACGAGAGGACCAAGCUCCCAGCAGCAGCAACAGCAUUCAAGACAACGUGGAGGAGGCAGAACAACCUGCCAGCAGGGACAGCAGGGUGGGAAUCAUCAGCAGCAUCAGGGACAUCAGGGUGGGAAUCAUCAUCAUUAAGGGAUUGGGACUCAUUUACAUUUUUUGCAUUCUUCACUACGACUACCAUCCUUCACGACGCGGUUUUUAGUAAAUAGGUCAAGGAUGUUCUGAAGAAUGUUGUAAUUCUGUAAAAAGGACCUCUAACAUCAGCAUCCUCAAUGGGCGCAUCAAUCUGGUGGCGGUGCAGGACAUUCAGCUAGUAUGAUGCAGCAACCAUUUAAUCAACACAAUCAGAACCAGCACAACAACCAAGGUUCAUCAGGGCGUCCAGUGACACCCAGGACACACCAUCAGACAGCGACUACCCCCUCCUCUGCAGGACAUGGACAUCCCACCAACCAACAACAACAGCAGCAGCAGCAGCAGCAUAACUCAUCUACUUCUCAGAACCGACAAGGUGGGCAAGGAACUCAAGGCGGAGGUCAACAAAUAGGAGUUCAGCAUCUUCUUUGUCAACAGCACAACAUCGGAGGUGGAGUAGACCAUAGCAUGCUAGGAACAACCCGUUGCACACCUGGCACGUACAGCCGGGAGAUUCUGCAACAGCAGCACCAGUCCACGACCCAGUCGCACCAUCACAAUGGUGCUCGUUCACUGGAGCAGCAAAUGCAAAGAACAAACCAAAAUAGGCAACAGCACAUGCAGCACCAGCAAAUGCAGCAACACCAACAGCAAUUUUUUAGACCAGCUCCCGGCUUUGGCCCUGCAUCUUCGACUUCGACAGGCCAUCAACUUCAUCAUCAACAGCAACAACUUAUAGGAACAGGAGGACCUCCAGACCGCCAGAUGAUGCCCAGUUCGUCUAGUUCAACGGCGGCGGCGGUGCAACAACAUCAGCAACAUCAAUUAAGAGUAGGUUAAAGGUGCUUUUCUUACCGCUUUUUAUGCCUCUCUCCCUUAGGAUGAGAAAGGCAUAAUAAAAAGCGGGGUAACCCGCGAGCACCAAAAACCCACCUCUAAAUCAACACAACUAUUCACAAGUUGCCCCGCCCCUUGCAGUGCCAAGUCUAGCCUCUUCGGCCUCAUCUGGGAGAGGUGGAAACAGUAGUACUUCCAUGAGUGGAACUAUGAGUGGAACGGGAAACAAGUUUGGAGGAUCCAGUGCUUCUCCAUCGCAGGGACCUCACAUUGAGCUUAAUCUGAGCCGCUCAUUGGAGAUGACGAGCAACAGUGCUAGUGGUAGUGGUACUACCACCAGUAGUGGGAACAACGUCAACAUCAACACUAGUGGUACUACCACCAGUACUAGUGGGAACAACAACAUCAACUACAUCAACAUCAAUGGUACAACUUCUAGCGGGAUGAAUAACCUAGGAGGUAACGCCAAGAAGCUGAGCAUCUUCGAUAGUAUCCCAGGACCUGUGAAUAAUGUGAUGCAGCUCGACCAGUACAAGAACAACCAAAACCUCCAACUUUCUGGCAGUGGUAUGCCCUUAGCAUACGGAGGUAGUGGAGGCGUUGCAGUUGGCAGCAAUGUUGUCAAUGCGACGAGCACGAUUCCUGCUCCACCUGGUAUUAUUCACGUCGGCGGUUCUAUGACCAAUACUAGUAGCGUCAAGAACAACAGCUACAUGAAUAGCAAUAGUACAACGACUGGAGGAACAACUUCAGGAGGAGCAGCGUCAGGUGGAGCGUCUUUCCCGCUUGGACCCGGUACCGGUUAUCAUGCAGGUACUACUUCAUCUGGAGUAGCGCGACUUCCUGGCACAACCUCUUUGUUUGAUUCGACGACUCUGAAACCCACAGCAACUCAGAUGGAUCUUUCCUGCUCGUUAUCAGCAUCGGGAGUAAGCAAUAUGAACGAAGUCGGAGGUGGAGCAGGAACUGGAGGACCUCUAGAUCGAUCAAGAUACUACGAACGGGAAGUUUUCCUGUGUUUGCGACCCUAUGAGGAUGCUGCACAAGGUACUAAAGGUAUGUUGACCAAUCGCCCCACCAACCGUCCCCUAGAUCACAGCAAUCAGAUGAAUGCUUCUCCCACCACUGCUUGUGAUGUCCGGAUCCCGACCGCCCGGGCUCGCAACUACAGUUGUGCGGCAAGUGGAGGCCCGAUGCCUCCUCGCUCUAAUUCCUUUUAUCAUCCUGGUGUUGCUCCUGGAGGAUAUAAUAUUUUAGACAACUACAAGGGCACCUCCAUGGAGGACCCUUCAGCAACAGCAAGAACUGCUUCGCAUCUUACAGCCAACAACUCUCUAGUACAACAGCAAGAACAACAGCAUUCUAAUCACGUCAAUGGAGUAGACAUGACAGCUCCCCCGCCAGGAAUCCCGCUUCUCCAUUGUCCACCAACUCCUGGCACCAUGAAGAUUCAUGGACAAGAACAAAAUCUGGUAUAAUUCAUUGUGAUUGCUUCAUAACUGAAUCUGUUGUCUUUCAUGAGAGGACUUUCUACCACAUACUGUAGGCCUUCUAAGUUGUAAUUCUUUGCGUUACAACUUCUACUUCUUCACUCGUUCUUCACGUUUAGUUAUGUUUAUGAAAAUAUUAUAGAUCAGGUAUUUUACAUCUAGGUGUAGUAUUCUUCCUUUCCAGCACUGUUCUCUCCGCUUCAAAGCAUAUUAGAUCAACAAUUACGUCGACGUGCCACCAGGUACUCUCAUCAAGUGAGCUCGCGUCCUCCAAUCAGACGUUGACAUUGACACCGAGUCAUCAACGGAUUGCGUGCAAAGGACGUUUGGACGAUACUGCCGAUACUAGAGACCCACACAGCGACCACGAGAGCGAUAAGAGCGACACAGGCAGGCAUGGAGCUACAUUUCGGACACCUGGAGGUAGAAGAAGUAUCUUUAUCUUUAUGUUUACUAGGUAGUAUGAUCUGGUUUACUAGUAGUAUGACAGAGUAGUUUAUAGCACGCAUGGUGCAUGGAGUAGCAUGGAGUGCAUGGAGCGCAGAGCUUUAAGGGGCGCAAGAAGCUCACCCUUUAGCUCCAUGCUACUCCAUGUGAUCCAUGUACUCCAUGCCAUGCGAGCUGUGAAACCUUAUAAAUUGCUCUGGUAUGAUCUGCACUUUUCGUCCGACCUGUACCGUAUGAGCGGGAGAGGAAGACCCUGGUCCACCUUAGCUGCUCCAACUUCAAGCACAAAAAAUUUCAACUUCAACUUCAAGCAACUUAGCAACUCCAACUUCAGGGUAGUUGCGGUUUAUAAGCUCUGUAAACACAUACUAUCUCUAUGACGAUCUCUAUGACGAUUGCUAACAAAUCUGGACGUCCAGGUCGUCAAGCAGGAGAAGGCGGUGACGAGACGACUUUUGUUUCAGAGCGUACCUCAGAGCAGAUGACACCACUUCAGAACCAGGAUCUAGAGGAAAUUUUCGAGAGCACAGGCCUUUUGUUGAACAAAGGCAUGAUUCACACAACUGGAGAAGCGAUCACAGCAACUGGUGGCGCGUCUGGUGGCAGAAACGGCGCUGGAGGCGGAUGGCCUUCAAAUGGAGGUAAUAAUGUUAAGGCUCCUCCUGCUCAAUGAAUAUAAUGUUUCAUUUCUAGUACCAGUCAACAUUUCUCGCCAUUCCCAUUUCUCCCAUUUUGGGAUCAUUCCAAAGAAAUGAAGAUUGAGUAACUAAAAUAUAAUCAUGGUUUGAGCUCCUCAUUUCUCCCAUUUUGGGAUUCUGAAGAAAUGAAGACCACUAAGUAGAAUAUUUAUGAUGGUUUAAAAUGGGCUCCUGCAGCUCCUCUAAUACUGGAUCUUGUUCUGGAGGUAGUCAGGCUCAUGGAUCUCAAUCCGGCUCCGGAGGAGGGUCUUCUGGUGGACAGAACAAGAGCGGUAAUUCUGGAUCCGGAUCUGGGGGAGCCCCUGGCGGACAGAACAAUGGCGGACAGCAGAUUACCCCACAAAACCCGCAUCCACAAUAUAUUAAGGCUAUAAAACAAAAAACCGCAUCCACAAUAAUAAAUAUAGAAAAAGCAUUAGCAUGUCCUUGUUUUUGUUAUAGCCAUCAUGAUCCUUGGUUCUUCAUCUUUUUCAAAAAGAAGCCAAGAACGAAGGAUGGCAUGAUCCUUCGUUCGUCAUCUUUUUCAAAAAGAAGCCAAGAACGAAGGAUGGACAUGGACUCGUGAGCUCGUGAGGAACGAAUACAAAAACGGAUAAUAAUAUAUAUUAUAAUAGCUCUAAACAUAGCAAUGUCGUGAAUGUGUAUGCCGACAACUUGGAAGCCAUCUUCAAGGAACUGGAGAACACGGAUGCGUACGAGCGCUUUAUCGGGAUUGAGGCCUUCUUUCCUGGCUUGGUUUUGAGGCCAACGAUUCCCGUAGACAGCUUUCUGGAACAUCACUACGCGACUCUUAGGUUAAGGCUCAAUACAAUUCAUUUCUAGAAGUACCAGGAGUCAUUUCUCGGCGCAGCUUUGUUCUUGUUUCUAGUACCAGGAGUCAAUUCUCAGCGCAGCUUCCUUCUAUCUUGGGAAGAUUCCGAAGCAUGUCCUUAAAUUAGACAUCCACGCGGAAAAUACCCAGGUAGGUUAAAUUGUACGGUUCUGGUACUAUUUGGUAUAGCCUGAAUUUGAUCAAGAGGGUUCUCCUGUUGUUGUUUUCCUUAUGAUCGAAGUCAGGUUAGCAAAUACCAGAACCAUUCAGAAAUGAAUUGUUUUGAGCUCUAAUUAGGUCCAAUGUAGACUGCACGAACUUGAUACAGCUGGACCUGACUAUCAAGAAAAAAACAGCCAGUCCAACCGAGGACACCGAUCAAUCUGCGUCAAGCGCAUUAUACAAAACUUUCAGGUAUUAUCUACUUCUUAUGUAAAUACAUCUAGUAGUACUUUGAAUGGUUCCGGUAUUUGGUAAACUCAAGAUAAGAUCAUGGGUUUUGGGAACAACCGGCUUUACAUACAUACAUACUUCUUAUGUAAAUACUACAUCUACGUCCUCUACUUCCUAUGUAAGUAGCUACAUCUAUGUCCUCUGUUGUAGUAGAUUGGUCACUACUCUAAUUCUCUGUAAGUAUACCUAUUGCGAAAAAUUAUGUUCUCUUCUUUGUGAAAGUGAAUACCAGGAAACUUUUACUUUUCUUGAUACAACUCUUGAAAUCAUAUCCAAUUUUCUUCAAAGUGAAUGAAAAGACUCCACCACACUUAGUAGUACAAGUAAGCACGUCCACAUCAUUAUUUGCACGAUGACACCUUUGUUCUUCAGUAGUACUUACUAGUCUUGAGAAGUAGUCUACUCUCCUCACUAAUGAAGGAAUAUACACCUUUAGUAGUACAAGUACUAGUACGGCUACAUGAUGAACAUUUCCAUUUUGAAUAUUUCUAACCUUGUUCACUCUACUAGUACGUCGUCCACAUGAUGAUCAACAUUUCCAUCUUGUUGAAUGAUCAACUUUUCCAUCUUGUUGAAUAUUUCUUCUAACAUUGUUCCACUGCAGGUUUCACUUCACGUACAAUCUGCAUAACGAGUUGUACAGCGUCGAUGCUAUGAGAAAGCUGGUCGAAGCAGGAUCUUUUCAGAAUCCCACCAUGCAAUCGAAGCGAAACUGCGUCGAUUCGAAACGAUUCGCGGAGCUUUUUAUCGCUAGCGGUCUAGUGAUGGACGACGAAAUCUGCUGGAUUCCAAUGUAUCUAUCUAUGUUAAUGUUAACACUGCUAGUUCCAAGACAUCAGACUUCAUGUUCAUCUUCAGGCACUAAACAAAACAACAUCCACCUCCACAGAUACGGCUUCAUGUUCUUGUCCAUCUUCACGUACUAAUCAAAACAACAUCCACCUCCACAGAUACGGCACAAUGAUCUCGUUUGACGCGAAAAUCGAGACUAUUCCAGAUUUCAAGGACCGAGUGGCAAAGGAUAUCAAUCCAGCACAAGUGUUUCGAGGUCUCUACGAUUUGGCGCACGUGGCCCAGCUGUUGAACGGAUCCUGUUUGCCGGAGAAGGUCGACGACUUUUUCAAGGAACUCGACACAUACUUUCCCAAGAGGUACUUUCAAUUUCAUUCGACACAUACUUUCCGAAAAGGUACUUUCGACAGAUACUUUCCCAAGAGGUACUUUCAAUUUCAUUACCUAAGAACAUGAACACCUCUCCUGUAGUAGUUCUUAGUACUUACACACUUAGCUUGUCAUGAAUUUUUACUAAGGUGGUUGACCUGUGCUUGAUGUAUCACACUGGAUAACUUCAGCAAUCCGUAUCCAACUUCAGGUGUAUCGCCCAGUUCCACGAGUACACGAGUUUGUUUUUCUCGCGGUCAAAUGAGGAGAGUAUUGUUGCGUUGAGGAAAUUCGAGGACAUGUGUGUGCGGUACGACGCUCCCACUAUCGCUUCACGCUAUGACGGCAAACCAACGACUUUGACAAAAGACAGGCACUCGGUGCGCCGCACAGACCGGCUACUCAACGGAGCGACAUCCUCUGGAGCUAAAUAGGCGGUUCUGCCGUAGUUGAGUCGGUGGACGUUGAACCACUAUUAAGGUAGAGUGGAUUCUACUUUUGCUUGAUGGCUUGCUGGUUUCGGCGUUGACCUGUACAAUGGAAGAUAUCCCCUAUAAGUAGAUUCAUAUGCUGUCAUUCUCUUUCUCAUUCUCAUUUUUUCAAGCUAGAAGGAUUCUAACUCGUCUCACAAUCAAACUUGUGUCGCUUGACCACUACUUUUAAGAGAUGGAAGAUCUCAUCAUCACCAAAAGGUGAGUCUUCUUUUAGACAUAGAAUGCUUUUACGACAACGACUUGUGAUGCCAUGAAAUAGCCAAACAUGCUUUUACAUUCACUUGCGUCGUACAUGCUCCCGCGCAACCCUGUCAUGAAAUAGUCAUUAUCCCGAUCGAAUGAAUUGACAGAAAUUGAAGUAUUUCGUUUAAGCACAUUCCAAGAUGAAGACUUGAUCCAUGGCGUUCUUGUCCGCCUAGUUAUAUGUUAGUUAUGUGAACUAUUGGACGAGACGCCGUUCGUCAUAUUUUCGAUUUUGAAAGUGACUCAGUCUCAGCCACACGAGCCUGAGUCAACAUUCAAAUUUUAGAUUGUUUAAUUUCAAAAAAAUGUAAAAGUAGAUGCAUUUCCCCCGCCUGACGUAAAUGCCCUCUCCUGACAUUCGAAUUCGUAGCCGUUAGUUUCUACUUGCAACAUGAUGAUCCGUAACUACUAAUUCAUAAUGAUCUUCUCGAUAAAGUCGUACUCGCAGUGAUGUAAGUAAUCGAAAACUGAUCUGUACCUAUCGUAGAACUAGAAGGACUACUAAGGAUCUUCAAUAAAUGCUUGAGAUUCAUUGUCGUGUUGUUUCAUCAAAAAUGCGAUUUAGAUGAGGUAGAAGUCGUACGCCUGUCUCGCCGUUAAUGUCCUGGUCAUGCAUCAUGCUAAUUUUAAUUAAGUAGUUGGUAAACUGAUUUUUAUUCUUUUUUUGAAUUUAUUUUUGCGAUUGCUAUGCGGUCAAAAAUUUCGUCGCGUUCAGUUGUGCUAUAGCCGUUAAUGUAAUAUUCGCGAUCGAUGAUCACAGUAUCUAGAAUCGGAAUAGAUGAUUAUGGAUUUGGAUAUCUUCAACAUUAUCUAAUUUUCGAUGUACAUCCGACCAACACGAAGCAGGACCCUCAUUGAUUUCUAAACACGCACUGAUUUACAUAGGACUAGAUGUCUAUCCAUACCUCUAAGAAUACGCCGACGCAAUUAUGAUUGAGGUCGUCCCUUAUCGUUAUGAAUAGGUGAAAAAUUAUAGUGUGACAUCCAGGUUCAAGAUUUUCAUCGUUCAGAGGACUUCUAUGUAGUAAGUAGAUGAAUUCGAUCUCUAAUGCGUGACAAAACUAAAUAAAGGUAGGGAAAAGCGUUUCCUCGAAAAUCUGUCGCAUUCUCUCUUCCUUGUAUCCCAUCGAAACUUCAAUGAAGAGUCCGCAACGGAUCUCUACCGACUUAACAAACCCUCGACGCCCUCACCCUCCACUACGGAUAUUAUCAAGAAGGCGAUAAUGAUGAACAACAACAAAUCGCCAAAAAAAAAAAAGAUAGAAGAACCCUCCAUACCUCCCACACCUGACACGCCCUACAUUCAUCAAUACUUGGUCAAUAGGAAAGUACCCUAAAAUAAACUGAAUUAUAGAGAGCAGUCUGAUAGUUUUACCGCGAACGCAAGCGCGAUCCCACAAUGAUCAAAAUCAUGCUCCUGUGAAGACGCUGGCAGGUUUUUUGCAG